AUGCAAGGCGCUACUGAUGCUACAGAAAAAAUUGUUGAUAAUAGUAGUGAUGGUACAUCAUCAACAAUUCAACAGUUACUGAAUUCUUCUCUACCUUUAAACCCGAAGCAAGUUCCUGGAUCAAUAUAUUCAGCAGUAUAUUCUGGAAUAACAGUUUAUGAGUAUUUUGUCAAAGAUGUCGUUAUUAUGCGUAGAUGUCCGGAUUCUUAUUUGAAUGCAACGCAAAUUCUAAAAGUAGCAGGUAUGGAUAAGAGUAAACGUGCAAAAAUCAUCGAGAAAGAAAUAUUAACAGGUAUUCAUGAAAAAGUACAAGGAGGUUAUGGAAAGUAUCAAGGAACUUGGAUUCCUUUUGAAAGAGGUAAAGAGCUUGCUACAAAAUAUGGUGUGCUUGAAAUUUUGCGUCCUCUUUUUGAAUACAAACCACCAAAAUACGAUAUUUCUUAUCUAUCAUCUCCACACACCCCAAAUAAAACUAAUGAACAUUUGUCAGCUCUAACGUGUUCAGAACCUGCUAGUGAAUCAGCAACGGUAACCAAUUCACCACCACCUGAAAUCGAUGAGGGUGAACGUCUCAAGAAUAUUUUAAUGACAAUAUUUUUGAAUGAAGAGCCAGAAUCAAUACCAGACUUGUUGGUUUCUCAAAAUUCAUCUGAACCAGAUAUAAACAUGGUGAUUGAUAGUCAUGGGAAUUCUGCAAUACAUUGGGCUGCAUGUUUAGGAAGAGUAAAUAUUUUGGAAAUUUUGUUGAAUAGAGGUGCUAAUUUACAACAAGUAAAUUAUGAUGAGGAGACCGCUUUGACCAGAUCUGUGUUUGUGACAAAUAAUUGUGAUUCUCGGUCAUUUCCACAAGUGGUAAAGCUACUUCACGACACAAUCCCAAUUACUGAUAAAAAUAAUCGGUCAGUGUUUCAUCAUAUUGCAAUGUCUUCAGGUGUUAGAGGGCAUGCAGCAGCAUCAAAAUAUUAUAUGGAUUGUUUGGCAGAAUGGUUUCAAUCAAACGUUUGCGGGUUUCUCAAUACUAUUCUGGAUAUUCAAGACAAAAAUGGUGAUACCGCAUUGUGUAUUGCUGCAAGAGUAGGAGAUAAUGAGUUGGUUGAGAAGUUGAUUAAGAUGGGUGCCAAUGUUGAAAUUCAAAAUAAGCUUGGGUUGAAGCCUUCUGAUUUUGAUUUUCAUACAUUAAACAAUGAUGAUCAUGAAGAAGAAGUUCAUGAUAUGAAAGGUGUAAGGGGAGAUAUGAAUGUAGACAUGAUUCAAGAAAAUGUAUCGGAUUUCUUUUCUCAAUCAAUUAUACCAUUUACUAAUGAUCAUAGAAAAUCUAAAGAAGUUGUUUCAGCAUUACAAACACUCGUGGAAGAUGCAGAGAAUGAAUGGGUAGUACAACUUAAAGUCAAAGAAGAUGAAUUGUUUAAUGUUCAAAGUAAAUUUAAUGAUUUGACAAGACAACUUGUUGAUUUGAAGCGAUCAUUAAAAUAUUAUCGCCAAAAUGAAAAGGAAUAUAAUAAUAUAGAUGAAUAUUUAAAGUUUCUUGAGCAAGUACUUGUUGAAGUAGAAAAAGAGGAAAAUGAUGUUAAUGAAUACUCUAUUCAUAGGAAAUGUAAAAUAAACGAUGAUGACAAUGCAUUAUUAAAGAAACCUGUGGGCUACAUUGAAUGA